AACCAGCAGCUGCAAGCUGUGUGCUGGGGAAUGACUGACAGCGGGAGUUCCCCCGGGCAUCUGCCUGGCGAGCCCUCCUUCCCCGGCGUUCUUUUAAAAACCUCAGCCGCAGGGGGCGGCUGGGCCAUAAGCUGCUGAAAACAAGCGCCCAGCCGCGGCUUAGCCGCAGCCAGAGGCCAAACAGACGCGUUAAAUAAUCGGUCGUCGGAAAGUACUCAACUUUACCUGAGGUCCUUAUUUUCAAGUUUCUCAACACGAUGAGUUCAAUCUAUUCUGAAUUCCUUCAAAUGUUAUUAGAAGAACCAUAAACCAUCUCUGAUGAUUCCUGUUUUAUUCCAAAAGUAUUUGGACAAGAGAUACUGCUAUGAGGAUACUUGUUAGCAAUGACUGAUGUGGAAUCUACAUAUGCAGAUUUCAUUGCUUCAGGAAGAACUGGAAGAAGAAAUGCUCUUCAUGAUAUACUUGUGUCUUCAACAAGUGGGAAUUCUAGUGAAUUAUCCCUGAAAUUAUCUGAACUUGAUAUAAAUAAAACUGAAGGGGAAGAAGAUGCACAGAGAAACCCCGCCGAACAAACUGGGGAAGCCCAGGGGGAAACAGCAAAAGAAGAAAGCUGAUGUUUUAGGUUGACUGACAGGGACAACUGUAGAAAUAUUUUCCAACUGCAAAAGCCUGUUGGAAAAACAGCUGCAUCUUGUGAGCAAGCCACUUGAACAAAAAAUAGAUUUAAAAUGGACGAAUCUCAUUACGAGAACCUGCACAAUGCAGUACAAAAAGAGGGAAUGAAGGUGGUAACAGUAGACAGAACUUUUUCUACCUUUGUUAGCAAUGGUUGAGACCUGGUUACUGAUCAGGAGACUUUGUCAGGAGAUGGAUCUCAUAACAAAUGCCCACAAUGAGAUACAAAUGAUGUAGAUCUUGUAGCAAAAAUAGCAUUCAGCUGAACAGAAGCUUGAAUUGGAUUGUAUCACAAUGGUUUCAGUGAUCUUCUGAAAUUGUCUGGCUAGAGGAUUCACCUAUUUAAAAAAAUCACUUGUGAAGGAAGCACUGUUUGUUUUUAAAUAACUCUGCUUUUCUGUUUUCAGCCACAUUACUUAACAAUGUUUUAUAUUGUACAAUUUAGAUGCUCCACACUGCCCUUUCUUGAAAUGCUCAUGAAAGCAACUGUGACUAUGAAUUUUUCUACAACUUGUUUUGAAAGGGCUAGCUAAGUUUUUUUUGUUUUUGUUUUCUGCACCAUGUGUUGUCCGCACAUGAUCAUCAAAUCAACUGCUAAACUGAUGAAAUUGCUCAUUUAGUUAUGAAUCAGCAUUCUUUCAUUUUCAAGAUAAACUUUUAACAUAAGUAAUGUUCAGUCAGGUGUGUCUUGUGUUUAUUCAGUACAGUUCUUUGCUUGUGGGUAGUUGGAAAUCCAA